GUACGCGAUAAGCGAGGGCUCUUUCGCACUGAGCUAGAUUUUAUCGAAAAGAAUUCUGAAUAACCUCGAAUCAACUACGCCUACGACAAACCCUUCGACAACUAACGACAGUCGAGAUGAAGUGUAUGUUUGAUCCUGAAUUCAUUGAUCGCGACUUUAUGAAGAUUCUAAUUUGAUCAAUUUAUAGUCCUCAAGACCGGCCGUGUUGCCAUUAUCACCAGAGGCAGAUAUGCCGGAAAGAAGGUAAAUUUCCACCCUUUACCAUUCAUUUCGAAUACACGAAACCAAUCGAGCAAUUAUAUGAUCGAAACGACAGCGAAGAACGAGCUCUGGAGAUUGGGGUAUUGGGGUCAUGAGUAAUAUAUGCUGAUGGAGGAAUAAAUUGCAGGUCGUGAUCAUCCAACCCCAGGAUGCCGGCAACAAGUCCCACCCAUACCCUCACGCAUUGGUCGCCGGUAUCGAGCGUUACCCAUCCCAAAUCACUCGCCGUAUGUCCAAGGCCAAGCAAACCAAGCGCAGCAAGGUCAAGCCAUUCAUCAAGGUUAUCAACUACAACCACUUGAUGCCAACACGUUACACUCUUGAGUUGGAGGGAUUGAAGGGAGUCGUUUCCGCAGAUACCUUCAAGGAGGUUUCCCAACGUGAGGAGGCAAAGAAGACUGUUAAGAAGGCAUUGGAGGAGAGAUACACAUCAGGAAAGAACAGAUGGUUCUUCACUCCUCUCAGUAUGUUAUCUCUUUCCAAGGGAAUUUUGCGCGAAAAAUUGAGCAAGACUAACAAUAUUUUUAGGAUUUUGAACAAUUCUUCUGCGUCAUCGGGUCGGAAUGGGGUUUACAUGGUCUAGUCGCAUCAUGAGCUAGGAAUGAAGCAUCUCCAUGAAAAAUGUUAUGAAGCAUGCUUUUCCACGUUGCAGCGUGAAUAAAAUGUACAUUUUGACAAAAUCUCAGUUGCCGAUCAUGAAAAUGGUUUGGAGAAUAUUUGGUUGAUUGUGAUGUGAAUCUGGAAAGGCGGUGCUACAUCAACAAGUACAAGGAGACAUACUUGGAGGAUACUAUACGACCCCCAGCAUUCGAAAUGAUUGUACAAAUCAUGGUCGGAGGGUUUAUUCUUCAAUAUCUCAACAAUUCCGACAAACUUAAUAGUCCCUCCCGAAACCUUCGAGUCCACAUUCUACAAUCCGAGUUCCACUUUCAUCGUAUCAAUCCAAGUUUCUCAAUUUCAAGAUCAAUG